GACAUGACGGCAGACGAAGAAUCUCGAAUCUACGGCGGCAAGAGCGCGAAGUUCAAGAACUACCCGUACAUGGCGAGUCUGCGCGCGAACGGCUCCGUCAGUGGCACGUUUUGCGGUGGCACACUGAUUGCCCCGCAGUACGUACUAACGGCAGCUCAUUGCACCGACUGGUACCUGUACGACGUGUACGUCUCCCUCGGAUCGAAGCAUAGAUCUGGUCGAGACUCAGGAAAGUCCGAACAAAUUCGUGUCGUCGAGGCUUUCCGUCACCCGGAAUACCGCCUCUUCAACAUAUCGGCAGGGACCCACGACGUGGCAAUGCUCAAGCUGGAAAGACCCACCACUUAUUCCCCCGCGCUUUUGCCCAACGCAAACGGAUCCAACAAUAAGCCUGACAAUACGGCCACCACCCUCGGGUGGGGGUUAAUAAACAACGAGACUUUGAGUGAAACACUUCGAGCCGUGGACGUGAACAUCAUUUCGAACACGAAGUGCAGCAAACUAUACAUGGGGGAAGAAAGCAUCGUGGACGACUCCGUCAUUUGUGCCGGAUCAGGAGGUGGCAAAGACUCGCGCGCAGGUGAUUCAGGUGGCCCCCUUGUUGUUAUUGAGGUGGUGGUGGGCAUCGUGAGCGCCGGGGCCGACGACUGUGGUGUUUUGCCUGGAAUCUACGCGCGCGUCACUUAUGCACUGGAUUUCAUCAAUGACAUCCUGAACGGCGGAUCCACCGGUAAUGUUACGGAGUUACUGACC